AUGGGGCUUGAGGAGGCACGACUAGCUCUACUGGAGUGUCCGAACGCAAAGGACAUGUUGAUGAAAACUUUUGGGAUGGAGCAGAAGCAUAGAUUGCUGGUUAUUGCACUAAUAUGGCAGUGGUGGACAGCAAGGAAUAAAACAAAUGCUGGAGAAAGGAGCUGGUCUGUCGACGAGGUGAGCUUCCAAGCAAGAAGAUGGGCUACAGAGUUUACUGAAUUUUAUGCCAAACAACUUCAGCAACAACCUAAUGAAGAUGUAGAAAGAUGGAGGCCUCCGAGAGAGGGCGUUCUGAAGAUUAAUGUAGAUGGAGCCUUUAAGGAAAAUCCUAAAUCAGGUGGAUGGGGCUUUGUCAUCAGAGGACAAAACGCUGAAGUGUUGGGUUCUGGAGCUGGUUGUCUGAUGUUUCCACAGAGUCCGCUCCAUGCCGAGGCUGAGGCUUGUAUCCAAGGGCUCACGACGGCGAUGAACUGGGGCAUGACAAGGGUGAAAGCCGCGAGCGACAAGUCGAGCCUUGUAGCGCUCAAGAGAACCAUCGGAGCGAGUCUUGAUCUUGUAGACCCACUUGCAGGUGAUGGGACGAACAGAGGAAGGAGUGACAACAUCCCAAGUGCCAGUACGCUCAAGAGCAGCAAUCUCCUCAGCCAUCGCUAG